CACGAGAAAUAUCCUUUCUUUCCUUUGCUCUGUUGCUUCAUUACAGAGAUAACUCAAGCUUCGCUUCUCAUCUCUUUCGCCAUCACAAAACAACUUUUGAUCAAAUCCUCUCCGCUCCUCCAUGGCCGGCGAAUUCAUCCUCUCUGCCUUCUUGCCGGUCAUCCUAGACAAGCUUAUUUCCCCUGCCAUCCAGCAAGUCGGCGCUGCUUUUGGUACCGACGAGAAGCUGCAGAAGCUGAAAAGGAUUUUGGAGAGUAUACAAUCUGUGCUCGUAGACGCAGAGGGGAGGCAGAACUCCGAAACAUCCAUCAAGAACUGGCUCUCCGAUUUGACGGACUUAGCCUACGAAGCAGAGGACGUACUCGAAGUCUUUGACUUUGAAGCCCAAAGGAAGCGCAGGUCACGCAUCCAGGACAACAAUAUGAGAAGGAAGGUAUUCUUCUACUUCUCUUUUUACAAACCCAUCAUGACUCGGUUCAGCUUGUGCCGGAGGCUGAAUCAUAUCAUAGAAAAAGUAGAGGCAAUAGCAGAUGAAAUCCACAAGUUCAAUUUCCAACUCAACAAAGAGGUACGGAUCUCUUUUGGUAGGCCUCAAACGCACUCUUAUGUUGACAAAGAAAACAUCAUCGGUAGGGAAGAAGAUAAAGAAGAUAUAGUGAGUUUCUUGAUCAAUCAUGAUGGUUGCAACAACAGGAAAAUUGCGGUACUUCCCAUAGUUGCAAUGGGUGGAAUGGGAAAAACUACACUCAGCCAGUUGGUUUACAGUGACCGCAGGGUGGAGCAUCAUUUCCAGCUUUUCAUUUGGGUAUGUGUUUCUGAUGCCGAUUUUGAUGACAUCCGGCUUGUCAGACUAAUUAUAGAAGCGGCCACCAAAGAAGAGUGCAGGCUUUCAAAUAUGGAGCUGUUGCAGUACCGACUCCGAGAAAUAAUUACUGGGAAAAGGUAUCUAAUUGUUCUAGAUGAUGUAUGGAAUGAAAAUCCGAUCCAAUGGAAAAGGUUGAUGACAUUGUUGGAUUGUGGUGGAGAAGGAAGCACUGUGGUUGUUAGCACACGGAGCAUGGUUGCAGCAAAGAUGAUGGCCACACAUACCAUUCAUAUUCUGAAACAAUUACACGAGGAAGAUAGCUGGGAGUUGUUCAAAAGGAGGGCAUUUGGAGAUGGAGCAGAAGAGACUGGAAGCCUUGUUAAAAUCAGUAAGGAUAUAAUAAAGUGUUGCGGGGGGCUUCCCUUGGCAAUUGAUGCACUUGGAAGCAUGUUGCGUCUCAAGAAUGAUGAAGAGGAGUGGAAGGCUGUGCUGAAUAGUGAUAUAUGGAAAAUGCAGGUUGCAAAGGACAAUAUCUUGCCAGCUUUGAAGGUGAGCUAUAAUUACUUGCCUUCUCACUUGAAGCGGUGUUUCGCCUUUUGUGCCAUAUACCCAAAAGCUUAUGAGAUGGAGAAGGAAACACUUAUUCAGUUGUGGAUGGCAAAUGGAUAUAUUCCUUAUCAUGAAAAAGGGGACUUGGAAGCGAUGGGCAGAGAGAUAUUUGAUGAGCUAGUUUGGAGGUCUUUUUUCCAAAAUGUGAAGGAAGUUAGAUCAAACUACAGGCAGGACAACUCAUAUGGAUAUCGUAGCAUAGUAACAUGUAAAAUGCAUGAUUUGAUGCAUGAUCUUGCACAAUCGAUCAUGGGGAAAGAGUGCUUAAACUUUGCACAUGCUCAUGCUCCAAAGUGGGAAGAUAUCCCAUCUACUACCAGGCAUUUGUUGAUACCAUCAUUUCCAGAAUUAACAAGUCCAAGGAGCUCACCGAUCCUUCCAACAAUCCGUACAAUAAUUGGGUCAAAUAAAUAUUUUCUUGAACAAGAAUUACCAAGUAAGUAUCCAUCAAUGUUGAAGUCUUUGAGGGUGUUAAGCUCAGAAGUCAAGCUCUUUAAUAAGACUAUGAGUGUAAGGCAUUUAAGACACUUGAGGUUGCUGGAUUUGUCUUUUUCAUACAUUAUGGAAUUGCCUGAAGGCAUAUGUUCUCUUUACAAUCUUCAAACAUUGAAACUAUCCGGUUGUGAGAUGCUAAAGAAGUUACCAGAAAACUUGACCGAUUUGGUGAAUCUUAGACGUCUCUAUAUUGAUGGAUGUUAUAACUUGGUUCACAUGCCAAAAGGGAUGGGGCGUUUGAAGUUGUUGCAUACACUAACAAUGUAUAUUGUGAGUGCUCAAGUUGGGAGGGGCUUAGAACAGCUCCGUGACUUGAAUCUUGGUGGUACACUUGAGCUUUAUGGGAUUGACAAGGUCAGCAAUGUAAUAGAUGCAAAAGAUGCAGACCUUUCAUCCAAGAUAAACCUUCAUUCUAUUAAGCUUUCUUGGAAAGGAGCAGAUUCUUUAGAGGUAUUUGAAGCAUUGAAACCACAUGAUGGAUUAAGGAUGUUAGAAGUAUGGAACUAUGGUGGUCAGAAAUUUCCCAAAUGGAUGAAUGUUCCUAAGCAAUUGGAAAACCUUGUCCAAAUCAGGCUCCAUGACUGUGGAAAGUGCAAGGAGCUCCCGCCACUUGGGAAGCUACCAUUCCUGGAGAUGCUAGAACUAUUCCACAUGGAUGAUGUUAAGCAUUUUAUUAACAAAAUAACAUGGUGCGACGGUGAAUUGAAUACAACAUUAUUCCCUUUAUUGAAAGAGCUCCAAAUGAUUCACAUGGAAAAUUUAGAGGAUUGGUGGGAGGUAGAUGAAAGCAAUGCACAAGUUAUUACUAAUAGGCAGUUCUUUCCUAGCUUGAUGACAUUGGUUAUCUAUAACUGCAAGAAGUUGACAACCAUUCCAACUAUACCCUCCCUUCAAUUUUUGAGGCUAGGAUUUUGCAGCCCAAAUCUUGCUGACUUGUUUUCAUUCACAUUAAAUGAAGGGCCAAGACUUCCUCGGUUACAAGAGCAUUGCAUAUGUGAGUGCCAAAGCUUGGUUCAUUUGCCAGCAUGCUUUCCAUCCAUCCGCAGUUUAAAAAUAAAAGAUUGCAAAAGACUAAAGUCCUUGUCAGGACCGGGAAGCCUCACAAAAUUGCAGGAACUCGUCCUACGUGGAUGUGAUGACUUGACAUCUCUACCUCAAGGGAUGGAAAGCCUCACAACUCUUUAUAUUUUCAAAUGCAACAAACUAGUUUUUUUACCUGAGGACCUCACAAAAUUAGACUCUCUUGUCUUAGAAAGUUGUGAUAGUUUAGUUUUUCUACCCCAAGGGAUGGAAGGCCUCACAAAUCUUAAAAUUUCAAAAUGUAAGAGACUAGCAUCCUUACCGGAGGGCCUCAUAAAAUUACGCAAUCUCAACUUAGAUGGAUGCGAAGGCUUAAUGUCUUUGCCUGAAGGGGUGGAAUGCUUUACUGAGCUUCAAUAUUUGACAAUUUCAGAAUGUAAUAAAUUGAGAUCUCUACCAAAGGCUCUCCAGCAACAACUUCCUAGACUCUCUGGGCUAAGAAUCAAUGGCCAUGAUGAGCUUAUAAGGCCAUUCCAACUUGGUGGAGAUUAUUGGCACCUUGUUGAGAGCAUCCCUUAUUAUACAAUUACAACAUGACCAGAACCAUGAAUCUUCAACAUCAGGGGAAAAACGCAUGGGUAUGCCUCCAUUUCUCACAAAAAGCAAAUGUUAUUGCCUUCGCCAGUCAUUCUAGAUAAUUUCAUGUGAAGAGUGAGUUUUAACUUUGGGUUCGCAUUGGAAUGACUAGGAUACUUAUAAAUCAUUAAUCCCAAUGCAAAUUUUUUUAGAUAAAAACUUACUCAUAUUUUAUUUCAUUAUAUGUGUGUUCGUGUGUAUAAAUACGUGUUUGUCUUCCAACAAUGCACAUGUAUAAAUAAAAUUCAUUAUCGCCAUUUUUUUUCCUUUAGUAAAAUCUUCAAAAUAUGUACUUCUUCACUUAUGAGUUUUGCUGAUGUAUGCAGUUAUUAGCAAAAUAAAAAGUUUU